CGCUUCUCUGCGUUGCCGGGGGUGAACGGUUGAGCUUCCAAUUGUCGUCCGCUACUUCAUUUUCAUCAUGUUCCAAUUUCGACGGCUGCUCCGGCCUCAGAGCACUCUCAAUGCAGUGUCCUCGCUCUCCCAGAAACCCGCUGCCGCCCUCCCACGCUUUCAGACGCGCGCACUCCACCGUGUUCCUCAGUUGACGCAUGAUGAUUACUUCAAGAACAAUGGCGUUCCAGAAUUGCUAUCCCCCGAGGCCUUUGACUUUUCAUGGACCCAGUACCAGGGCUUCAUUAUCGAGAAGCUCAACCUCUUAACACAGGACACUGUUGACGAAAAUGCCACACCCGGUGAAUUGCUAACUAAAUACUCCCGACGACCGGAGAUGGCGUCGGUUUUCAACUAUGCGUCCAUGGCUCACAACAACCAUUUCUUCUUCAACUGCUUGUCACCCACUCCGGUCAACAUCCCAGAUGCUUUCGCCAUGAACAUUAGAGACACCUGCUCCUCGGUGGAAUCCUUGAAGCUCGACUUUUUGGCAACAGCCAAUGCCAUGUUCGGACCUGGUUUUGUGUGGCUGGCAAAGAACUUGGAGAGGGAGGGCCUGUUGCACAUCUUCUGCACCUACAACGCUGGCUCGCCUUACCCAGCUGCAUAUGCUCGACGACAGCCGGUCGAUAUGGCCACGCAUACACGUGAAACCGCACUCGGUAACCAGUAUGCUGGUUCUAUGGGUGCACAUUCCGCCAACCAAAAGAAUCUGGCCCCCGGUGCUCUGAGCGUACAGCCCAUCCUUUGCGUCAACACGUGGGAGCACGUAUGGAUGAUGGAUUACGGAAUUAGCGGCAAGGCCGAAUAUCUAGAGAAAUGGUGGGAUAAGAUAAACUGGGAAGUGGUAUAUGACAAUUACAAUGCUGUUGGUUCAAUGCGCACCCAUCGGCAUCGGGGCCUGAAUAUGCUAUGAAUAAAUUGGGAAACUAAAGAAAACGGGCUGCAUUGGGGUGUUGUUUCUGAUUAUGCUUUCCAAGGCUGCAAAUUUGCUCUUCUUUUUAAUUGUACUAUAUACAACAUGUUCUUUUGACUCUUCCGGACUUCCUCUAUGUGAACUAGUUCUCAAUGUACAGCAAUCUACACAGAAAGGGAUCCUCUACCUAACACCCAUCCAUGCCCACUCUUUAACAGUGACACAAAAAAGGGCAGAAUGAACAUCAUCGAGAUCCUUCAAUAUCCCUAAUCCUCUUUUCAAACGCCGCAAUCAUAACCGAAGCCAUCUGCCCCUCGACGGCACUCAUCAUAGCUCCAUGUGCCGCGCUCUUAAACUUGAACUUAAUCUCCAAAUCCACCCUGGUCCGCACGGGAGAAGUCGACGCCGGAACCAACUGCCACUUUGUACAAAGAUACUCGAAAAUCCCCUCAUUAGCCCCCGGAAACUGAGACGCCUUUCCUGGCUCUUCCCCAGAUCCAGCGAAUCCCGCACCACUCCGAGCCUCCACGACCCAUUUACUCUUAUCACAGUCCACCUUCGACGUGAACGUCUCGCUGAACGGCCCGUACCCAACGGUCAGAAACGCGCGGGUCGGGUACCCCGUCUUCUCAUCGCGCGCGGUCACGGUCGAUGCGGACAGGAAGGGGAGGAACUCGGAGUAGGAUUCCACGGAGGAUAUGACUUUGAAUAGCGGCUCGGGAGGGUGGGGGAGGGUUCUUGUUGCGGUUAGUGUGCGGGGGGUGUCAGACUUUAAUAACGUGAAGAAGGGGCGGGCUGUUAUGAGGGUUGUUGGCUUUUGUUUCGGUAUUGUUCUUGGCCUGGGGGUUGACGGGGUUGGGGAUGUUGAUAGUUGUCGCUGUCGCUGUUGUCCAUGGUGGUUGUUGUGAAUUGGGAUGGCGCGGAUUGCAGACAAUUGUGGCGGUUGUCGGGCGCCAGCUCUUUGGAAAUUGAGGAGACAUGGUGUGUAUAAUGACGGUUUCAUGUUUUCUUGAGAGGAUGCUGUCUUGUUCUCUUCGAGGUAUCCGAUGGGAAAUUCUCCGUCAGGUUCUUUGGUUUUGUUUCCCAAUAGCAGGUUACUGGAGCUUGUCUUCGGCUUCAAAUAACCAACAUGACCUAACCAAGAGGCCUGAAUGCGUAGAAAAAUAUAAGUGUCAAUGGCUUUUCUAUUC